CGCCCCCCUCUCAAAAAAUAUCUCCCACAAAACCAUCAAGAGAAUCUCUCACAAGAAAUAACAAUAGUACAUCAUCAGAGUAGAAGAAGAAAUUAAGAUGAAAGCAGCACCGAGCUAUUCCCUAUUCUCAUCCUUUUCUUAGCUUUUACCUCCAAAAAGAAAACCCAUCAUCUCUCUCACUAUAUAUAUACACACACACUCAAACACACACAUAUAUAGAUAGAUAUCUCAUCUGACUAGUUAACCAUGUCCCUUGAGGACUCUUUGAAAUCUCUCUCUCUAGACUAUCUGAACCUUCUCAUCAAUGGCCAAGCCUUCAGUGAUGUGACCUUCAGUGUUGAGGGUCGUCUGGUCCAUGCCCACAGAUGCAUCCUAGCAGCCAGGAGCCUCUUCUUCAGGAAGUUCUUCUGUGCGUCCGAAACGCCGUCGCCGGUGGGCCUCGACCCGGCAGGCUUAGGGAUGGGGUCGUUGGCAUCGUCGCCGAGGGCAUCCAAUUCUCAGCUGGUGAUACCAGUGAAUUCAGUUGGGUAUGAGGUGUUCCUUUUGAUGUUGCAGUUCUUGUAUAGUGGGCAGGUCUCAAUUGUGCCCCAGAAGCAUGAGCCGAGGCCCAAUUGUGGUGAGAGAGGAUGUUGGCACACACAUUGCACCUCAGCCGUUGAUCUUGCUCUUGACACACUCGCUGCCGCUAGAUUCUUUGGUGUGGAACAGCUCGCUUUGCUCACACAGAAGCAAUUGGCAAUCAUGGUAGAGAAGGCCUCAAUUGAAGAUGUAAUGAAAGUUCUGAUAGCUUCAAGAAAGCAAGACAUGCACCAACUAUGGACUACCUGUUCCCAUUUGGUUGCAAAGUCUGGCCUCCCACCAGAAGUCCUAGCCAAGCACCUCCCCAUCGACGUUGUGGCCAAGAUCGAAGAGCUCCGCCUCAAAUCAUCUCUUGCUCGUCGAACCCUCAUGCCCCACCACCGCCAACACCACCACCACCACCAACACCAUCAUGAUCUUGAUCUGGAAGACCAAAAAAUUCGUCGAAUGCGACGAGCCCUCAACUCCUCGGAUGUUGAACUUGUGAAGCUGAUGGUGAUGGGUGAGGGGCUUAAUCUUGACGAGGCAUUAGCCCUACAUUACGCAGUUGAGAAUUGUAGCCGGGAAGUAGUGAAAGCGUUGCUGGAGCUUGGGGCAGCCAAUGUGAACCACCCAGCUGGUCCGGCAGGGAAAACCGCGCUUCACAUUGCAGCUGAAAUGGUGUCACCAGACAUGGUAUCAGUUCUUCUAGACCACCAUGCGGACCCAAAUGUGAGGACCAUUGAUGGGAUCACCCCUCUGGACGUGCUUAGGACCCUAACUUCAGAUUUUCUCUUCAAAGGGGCAGUCCCGGGACUAACCCAUAUCGAACCCAACAAGCUUAGGCUUUGCCUGGAGCUGGUUCAAUCCGCGGCUUUGGUUAUAUCUCGCGAGGAAGGGAAUGGGAAUGGGAAUGCUCCUUCGUCGGCCCCCAUUUAUCCUCCAAUGAGUGAAGAUCAUAAUAAUAGCAGCGGUAGCAGUGGUAACAUUGCUAAUAUUGAUUCAAGGCUGGAUUAUCUCCAUUUGGGUUCGGGUCAGGGUCAGAUGGGGUGUAAGAUGGACGAGGGAGACGUUCCUAAUAGCCAGAAUAAUAAUCAGAGAGAGGUCAUGAAUCCACAUGGAUCACAAGGUGGUUGUGACCCUUCAAUUUACCAUCAUCAUCACGAGUAUUAACGUACUCUCUCCAUCUCUAUAUAUAUAAUCUUCUUUUUAUGUAUUCAUGAUCGAACUGGGCUAGACAGCAAAAUAUGAUGAAAAAUCAUGGAGAUUUGAAAUAGAUUAUAUAUAUAUGUGCGUGUCUUCUUUUUCGUCUUCCUUAA